AUUCUGGUCUCUUCUGCCUCACUAGUGGUUCCACUGACACCCAUCAAAGAAACUAAGAAGAAAAUGGCCAUAAGCGGUGGAGUACCAGUCCUGGGCUUUUUCAUCAUUGCUAUUCUGAUGAGCCCUCAGAAGUCUUGGGCUAUCAAAGAGGAACACGUGAUCAUCCAGGCCGAGUACUUUCUGUCCCCUGACGAUUUAGGAGAGUUCAUGUUUGACUUUGAUGGUGAUGAGAUUUUCCAUGUGGAUAUGGACAAAAAAGAGACAGUCUGGCGGCUUAAAGAAUUCGGACAAUUUGCCAGCUUUGAGGCCCAGGGUGCACUGGCAAAUAUAGCAGUGGACAGAGCCAACCUGGACAUCAUGAUAAAGCGCUCCAAUCACACCCCAGACACCAAUGUGCCUCCAGAGGUGACUCUGCUCCCAAGCAGCCCUGUGGAACUGGGAGAGCCCAACGUCCUCAUCUGUUUCAUCGACAAGUUCUCCCCACCUGUGAUCAAUGUCACAUGGCUCCGAAAUGGAAACCCUGUCACCAUGGGAGUAUCAGAAACAGUCUUCCUGCCCAGGGAUGACCACCUUUUCCGCAAAUUCCACUAUCUCCCCUUCCUGCCCUCGACCGAGGACGUCUAUGACUGCAAAGUGGAGCACUGGGGUUUGGAGGAGCCUACUCUCAAGCACUGGGAGUUUGAAGCACGAACCCCUCUCCCAGAGACUACAGAAAAUGUGGUGUGUGCCCUAGGGCUGGUUGUGGGUCUGGUGGGCAUCAUUGUUGGCACCAUCUUCAUCAUCAAGGGCGUGCACAAGGGCAAUGCUACAGAACGCCGGGGGACCCUGUGAGCACAGGAAGGUGAUUCCUUUCUUAGAGAGAACAUUGAAGAUUCAGUGUCUGAUGUAAUAAUUUUACAAGCCUGGCAGUACUUCAGUGGUCAACCUCUGCCACCAUCUUCAGCAUUUUCCAGACAUCUAGCCACCCCAGGGAUACUGACACCUUCCCUGAGCCUUCCGCUCUCUAGCAUCUGGAUGGCCUUCCCUCUUUAUCACUAUUUCCUGUAUCUGCUUUUCCUGUGUUUCCUACCAUCUUGUCAUCACCAGGCAAUACCUCUGUAAUAAACCCCACAAAAUUCUUUCACUGCUAUGCAACUUUCUGAACGUUUCAUUAGGGCAUCUCCUGUGUACUUAUUGCUUAGGAUUUCUCAAAACUGUGAUUUUUUUUUCUUAAGUACAAUAAA